AUGUACAGAAACAACCUCUACAUUGAUACGUACAGACACAACCUCUACAUUGAUACGUACAGAAACAACCUCUACAUCGAUACGUACAGACACAACCUCUACAUUGCUACGUACAGGAACAACCUCUACAUUGCUACGUACAGAAACAACCUCUACAUUGAAACGUACAGAAACAACCUCUACAUUGAUACGUACAGAAACAACCUCUACAUUGCUACGUACAGGAACAACCUCUACAUUGCUACGUACAGGAACAACCUCUACAUUGCUACGUACAGGAACAACCUCUACAUUGCUACGUACAGAAACAACCUCUACAUUGAAACGUACAGAAACAACCUCUACAUUGAUACGUACAGAAACAACCUCUACAUUGCUACGUACAGGAUCAACCUCUACAUUGCUACGUACAGAAACAACCUCUACCUUGAUACGUACAGAAACAACCUCUACAUUGAUACGUACAGAAACAACAUCUACAUUGAUACGUACAGAAACAACCUCUACAUUGAUACGUACAGAAAAAACCUCUACAUUGCUAUGUACAGAAACAACUUCUACAUUGCUACGUAUAGGAACAACCUCUACAUCGAUUCGUACAGAAAAAAAUUCUACAUCGAUACGUACAGAAACAACCUCUACAUUGAUACGUACAGAAACAAACUCUACAUCGAUACGUACAGAAACAACCUCUACAUUGAUACGUACAGAAACAACCUCUACAUUGCUACGUACAGAAACAACCUCUACAUUGAUACGUACAGGUACAACCUCUACAUUGAUACGUACAGAAACAACCUCUACAUUGAUACGUACAGACACAACCUCUACAUUGCUAUGUACAGAAACAAACUCUACAUUGAUACGUACAAAAACAAACUCUACAUUGAUACGUACAGAAACAACCUCUACAUUGAUACGUACAGAAACAACCUCUACAUUGAUACGUACAGAAACAACCUCUACAUCGAUACGUACAGAAACAACCUCUACAUUGCUACGUACAGGAACAACCUCUACAUUGCUACGUACAGGAACAACCUCUACAUUGAUACGUACAGAAACAACCUCUACAUCGAUACGUACAGAAACAACCUCUACAUUGCUACGUACAGAAACAACCUCUACAUUGCUACGUACAGGACCAACCUCUACAUUGAUACGUACAGAAACAACCUCUACCUUGAUACGUACAGAAACAACCUCUACAUUGAUACAAACAACCUCUACAUUGCUACGUACAGAAACAAACUCUACAUCGAUACGUACAGAAACAACCUCUACAUUGCUACGUACAGAAACAAACUCUACAUCGAUACGUACAGAAACAACCUCUACAUUGCUACGUACAGAAACAAACUCUACAUCGAUACGUACAGAAACAAACUCUACAUCGAUACGUACAGAAACAACCUCUACAUUGCUACGUACAGAAACAACCUCUACAUUGAUACGUACAGAAACAACCUCUACAUCGAUACGUACAGAAACAACCUCUACAUUGCUACGUACAGAAACAACCUCUACAUUGCUACGUACAGGACCAACCUCUACAUUGAUACGUACAGAAACAACCUCUACCUUGAUACGUACAGAAACAACCUCUACAUUGAUACGUACAGAAACAACAUCUACAUUGCUACGUACAGAAACAACCUCUACAUUGAUACGUACAGGACCAACCUCUACAUUGAUACGUACAGAAACAACCUCUACCUUGAUACGUACAGAAACAACCUCUACAUUGAUACGUACAGAAACAACCUCUACAUUGAUACGUACAGAAACAACCUCUACAUUGAUACGUACAGAAACAACCUCUACAUUGCUACGUACAGAAACAACCUCUACAUUGCUACGUACAGGACCAACCUCUACAUUGAUACGUACAGAAACAACCUCUACCUUGAUACGUACAGAAACAACCUCUACAUUGAUACGUACAGAAACAACAUCUACAUUGAUACGUACAGAAACAACCUCUACAUUGAUACGUACAGAAACAACCUCUACAUUGCUACGUACAGGACCAACCUCUACAUUGAUACGUACAGAAACAACCUCUACCUUGAUACGUACAGAAACAACCUCUACAUUGCUACGUACAGAAACAAACUCUACAUCGAUACGUACAGAAACAACCUCUACAUUGCUACGUACAGAAACAAACUCUACAUCGAUACGUACAGAAACAAACUCUACAUCGAUACGUACAGAAACAACCUCUACAUUGCUACGUACAGAAACAACCUCUACAUUGAUACGUACAGAAACAACCUCUACAUCGAUACGUACAGAAACAACCUCUACAUUGCUACGUACAGAAACAACCUCUACAUUGCUACGUACAGGACCAACCUCUACAUUGAUACGUACAGAAACAACCUCUACCUUGAUACGUACAGAAACAACCUCUACAUUGAUACGUACAGAAACAACAUCUACCUUGAUACGUACAGAAACAACCUCUACAUUGAUACAAACAACCUCUACAUUGAUACGUACAGAAACAACCUCUACAUUGCUACGUACAGAAACAACCUCUACAUUGCUACGUACAGGACCAACCUCUACAUUGAUACGUACAGAAACAACCUCUACCUUGAUACGUACAGAAACAACCUCUACAUUGAUACGUACAGAAACAACAUCUACAUUGAUACGUACAGAAACAACCUCUACAUUGAUACGUACAGAAACAACCUCUACAUUGCUACGUACAGGACCAACCUCUACAUUGAUACGUACAGAAACAACCUCUACCUUGAUACGUACAGAAACAACCUCUACAUUGCUACGUACAGAAACAAACUCUACAUCGAUACGUACAGAAACAACCUCUACAUUGCUACGUACAGAAACAAACUCUACAUCGAUACGUACAGAAACAAACUCUACAUCGAUACGUACAGAAACAACCUCUACAUUGCUACGUACAGAAACAACCUCUACAUUGAUACGUACAGAAACAACCUCUACAUCGAUACGUACAGAAACAACCUCUACAUUGCUACGUACAGAAACAACCUCUACAUUGCUACGUACAGGACCAACCUCUACAUUGAUACGUACAGAAACAACCUCUACCUUGAUACGUACAGAAACAACCUCUACAUUGAUACGUACAGAAACAACAUCUACCUUGAUACGUACAGAAACAACCUCUACAUUGAUACGUACAGAAAAAACCUCUACAUUGCUAUGUACAGAAACAACCUCUACAUUGCUACGUACAGAAACAAACUCUACAUCGAUACGUACAGAAACAACCUCUACAUUGCUACGUACAGAAACAAACUCUACAUCGAUUCGUACAGAAAAAAAUUCUACAUCGAUACGUACAGAAACAACCUCUACAUUGAUACGUACAGAAACAACCUCUACAUUGAUACGUACAGAAACAACCUCUACAUUGAUACGUACAGAAACAACCUCUACAUUGAUACGUACAGACACAACCUCUACAUUGCUAUGUACAGAAACAAACUCUACAUUGAUACGUACAGAAACAAACUCUACAUUGAUACGUACAGAAACAACCUCUACAUUGAUACGUACAGAAACAACCUCUACAUUGAUACGUACAGAAACAACCUCUACAUCGAUACGUACAGAAACAACCUCUACAUUGCUACGUACAGGAACAACCUCUACAUUGCUACGUACAGACACAACCUCUACAUUGAUACCCGACUGUGGCACUGGUGUAUGAAGGCUGGCAGCUACAUCGAUAGCAAGGCCAACAUGGCAGACCAACAACAGAACGACCCAUAG